UUUCAGAGCUAUUGGAUGAAUGAUUCGUGGCAUAUAUUUCUUCUGGGCUAUCAAUUGUGCAAUCAGACUUGCACAAGUUUUGAUUAUUGGCAUGCUCGUUGGUGCAGGUAUAAGUUGGCGUACUCAUCAAACUAUAGUAGCAUUUUGGAUCCAAUAAUUGAGAACAAUUACGAGCUUUUCAUGGUAGAAAGAUUGAUCUUGGCUGGUGCAACUACCUUUGUGAAGACAUUUAAAGAGGAAGAAGAUGACCUCAGUCUUACUGAUGAUCCCAAAAAGAACACCAAGAAAUGGCAGAUUCCUGUUCUUAUCAAGGAAAAUGAAAGAAGGUUGCAGUCCAAGCAGUAAGCAAAGGAAAUUUGCCUGUGAACCAGUGGACGAUUUGGUGAGUUAUUUCAUUAGGGAAAAUAUUAUUUAAAUUUUUUUUUUUCCAUUUUUUGGAAGUCAUAUUCUUGUAUUAUUUUUUAUAAGGAAAUUUAGAUGUAAACAGAUGCAUGGAAAAUAAAUAUUGAGGUUAAAUAUAUGAUGAUUGCUUAUGGAGAAAAUGUAAAUAAAUGUAACUUCAUGUGUUCAA